AUGGAAAUUUAUAAUCGAUAUUCUGAAAGUGAUGGGUUUUGUAAUGCUUAUAUCGCUUGUGCUUCUACUGGUAAAGCUGCUGUGGCUAUCAAUGGGACAACAGUACACACUGCACUGAAGAUAAGUCUUUCAAAGUUGCUUCCUUUAUCAAUUGAAGUAGCCCAACAAUAUAGAUCACUUUUUAAAUAUGUUCGUGUAUUGAUUAUCGAUGAAAUUAGUAUGAUUGGAGCCGAGUUGUUGUCCCAAAUAGAUUCAAGGUUAAAGCAAAUCACCGGUAAUUUUGAAGUCCAUUUUGGUGGAUUAGAUAUAAUUUUGAUUGGUGAUCUACGUCAACUACCGCCAGUUCGUGCUACCCCAAUUUACAAACAAAUAAAACGACAAAUAGCAGGUUCAACACUAUGGCGAGGGUUGAAAUUUUUCGAACUAAACGAAGUUAUGCGACAAGCUAAUCAAAGUUUUGCAACAAUAUUAACAAAAAUUGGUAAUGGACAGUUGUUAGAUCAGGAAGAGCUAGAUUUAAUUGAGUCACGGAUUUACUCUGAAGAAGAAGCUGAGAGACUUUGUCCAGACGGUAUACGAUUGUUUUUUAAUAAUCAUUCAGUUGCUGAAUACAACAAUAAAAUUUUGAAUUCUAUAGAAGAAAAAAGGAAUUCAGAGGCAACUGAUAUAUAUAUUGGAUGUAGAAAUGUUGAACAGCAAACUUCUAUGCGUCAAAAAUUACAUAAAAUGUCAACUAUUGAUACAGGAGGUUUGCCAUAUCAAAUUACAUUGGUUUUGAACAAACCAUACAUGAUAACAACUAACAUCGAUGUAUCAGAUGGAUUAGCAAAUGGUGCGACGGGAAAAUUAAUUUUUCAUUGA